AUGAAGUGUUUAUAUUUGUAUGCACUGACCAAGCAUUUUUAGCAUGAGUGCCCCUUAGUCACAAUAGAAAUGUUAGUGACCAAAACAGGUUGCCGAAUUAUUGUACUGUCAAAUCAAUGUCGCAUUGCCAAUUAUUAUUCUCUUGGAUUUCAUACUGAUUUGCACACUAUAAAUUUCGCACGAAUUCAAUAGUAAAUUAUCAGUUAGAUUCCAUAUCUCAAACUAUACAACAGCAGCAACAUGUUCAAAUACAUUACCUUCGCCGCCCUCUUCGCCAUCGCCACCGCUGCUCCUGGUUUCAUCGCUCAGCCUGUUGUGGCCAAAGUCGGUGCCGUAGUUCACACCGUUCCAUCUGCCACCUCCCACCAGAGCAUCACCCAAGUGCACAAUAAUGCACACAUUGUUACACCUGUUGUGAAAGCCGUGGCUCCUGUGGUUCAUGUUGCUCCAGUUGUGAAGACCUACUCCGCUCCUGUCGUUCCAGUAGUCAAAACUGUAGCUCCAGUCGUCCCCGUGGUUCAUGCUGCUCCUGUAGUUCCAGUAGUGAAGACCUACUCCGCGCCGUUGGUUCAUCAUGUUUCAGUUGUGAAGUCUGUUGUUGCCCCCUUGGCGCCUGUGGUUCAUGCUGCUCCUGUUGCCCACGUUGUUCACCACUAAAUUUAUUAACUGCAUUUUAUUGCGGUAAAC